AUGGUCGUCCUCCAGAGUCUCUGCUUAGUCUUCGGUCUCAUGUUCAUCUUCCAGAGUCUGUGCUUUGUCUUCGGCCUCAUGGUCGUCCUACAGAGUCUCUGCUUAGUCUUCGGCCUCAUGGUCGUCCUCCAGAGUCUCUGCUUAGUCUUCGGUCUCAUGUUCAUCUUCCAGAGUCUCUGCUUUGUCUUCGGCCUCAUGGUCGUCCUCCAGAGUCUCUGCUUUGUCUUCGGCCUCAUGGUCGUCCUACAGAGUCUCUGCUUCUUCUUCGGCCUAUGGUCGUCCUAUAGAAGUCUCUGCUUAGUCUUCGGCCUCAUGUUCAUCCUCCAGAGUCUCUGCUUUGUCUUCGGCCUCAUGGUCGUCCUACAGAGUCGCUGCUUAGUCUUCGGCCUCAUGUUCAUCCUCCAGAGUCUCUGCUUAGUCUUCGGCCUCAUGGUCGUCCUACAGAGUCUCUGCUUCGUCUUCGGCCUCAUGAACCUCAACAUAGAAGCAGAACCCAGACGUGUGUCCUUUAAGACCGACUGUUCAAAGAGUUUUGUUUUGGAUUUUAAAUCUGACCAACCUUCAGCUGAAAAGAGCUGGGACUUGCAGAUUUCAGCAGUUUCAAGUUCUCCAACUGCCAAGCAGAAUCAAAACCAGCUGGAAUCUAUAUUUGUGCUGCUGGAGGGUAACAUCAUUGAGUUUGUGAAAAACGAGCUAAAGAAGAUCCAGCAGGUUUUGAGUUCAUGUGACCUAGAAAGCACAGAUAGUCAAUGGGAGGAUGAGGAUGGGCUGGAAGGUGAAGAUAAAGAGCAAAGGAGGAGCAGCAGAGAAGCUUUUGUGGAAAUCACACUGAACUUCCUGAGGAUGAUGAAGCAGAAGGAGCUGGCUGAACGUCUGCAGAGAAAACAUUUUGCUUCAGUCUGUCAACAUAAAUUAAAGUCUGGUCUAAAGACGAGGUUCCAGUGUGUAUUUGAGGGGAUCGCUAAAGCAGGAAACCCAUCUCUUCUGAACCAGAUCUACACAGAACUCUACAUGACAGAGGGGGGGACUGGAGAGGUCAAUGAUGAACAUGAGGUCAGACAAAUUGAAACAUCAUCAAGGAAAUCCAGCAGACCGGAAACAACAAUCGGACAAGAAGACAUUUUAAAACCACGUCCAGGAAGAGAUCAACCAAUCAGAACAGUGAUGACAAAGGGAGUGGCUGGCAUUGGGAAAACAUUCUUAACACAGAAGUUCACUCUGGACUGGGCUGAAGGCAAAGCCCACCAGAACAUCCAGUUCAUAUUUCCAUUCACCUUCAGAGAGCUGAAUGUGCUGAAAGAGAAAAAGUUCAGCUUGGUGGAACUAGUUCAUCACUUCUUCACUGAAACCAAAGGAAUCUGCAGCUUUGAUCACUUCCAGGUUCUGUUCAUCUUUGAUGGUCUGGAUGAGAGUUGUCUUCCUCUGGACUUCCAGAACAAGGAGAUCCUGACUGAUGUCACAGAGUCCACCUCAGUGGAUGUUCUGCUGACAGUUCAGACCAAAGUGAAGAAGGUCAAAUACGAUGGAGGAUAUGAGACAGAUCCACACUGGACCACAGAGAGCAGGAAGAUGAUCGAGUCUCUGGGAAAACUGGCUUUUGAUCAGCUGCAGAAAGGAAACCUGAUCUUCUAUGAAUCAGACCUGACAGAGUGUGGCAUCGAUAUCAGGGCAGCCUCAGUUUACUCAGGAGUGUUCACACAGAUCUUUAGAGAGGAGAGAGGGCUGUACCAGAACCAGGACAAGGUGUUCUGCUUUGUCCAUCUGAGUGUUCAGGAGUUUCUGGCCGCUCUUCAUGUCCAUCUAACCUUCAUCAAGGAUGGAGUUAAUCUAAUGGAACAACAAAAAAAGAGGAAUAUACAUUUGAAGAAACCAAAUCUAAACUAUGUCCAUCAGAGUGCCGUGGAUCAGGCCUUACAGAGUCCAAAUGGACACCUGGACUUGUUCCUCCGCUUCCUCCUUGGUUUUUCCCUUCAGACCAAUCAGAUUCUCCUUCAAGGUCUGCUGACACAGAAACGGCAAACCUCACAGACCAAUAAGGAAACAGUUCAGUACAUUAAGAUGAAGAUCAAUGAGAAACUGUCUGCAGAGAAAAGCAUCAACCUGUUCCACUGUCUGAAUGAACUGAAUGAUCAUUCUCUGGUCCAGGAGAUCCAACAGUCCCUGAGUUCAGGAAGUCUCUCCACAGAUAAACUGUCUCCUGCUCAGUGGUCAGCUCUGGCCUUCAUCUUACUGUCCUCUGGAAAAGAUCUAGAUGUUUUUGACCUGAGAAAAUACUCUGCUUCAGAGAAAAUUCUUCUCAGGCUGCUGCCAGUAGUCAAAGCUUCCAACAAAGUCAUCUUGAAGAGCUGUAACCUCUCAGAGAGAAGCUGUGGAUUUCUGUCCUUGGUUCUCGGUUCUGAGUCCGUUGUCCUGAGAUAUUUGGACCUGAGUAACAACAACCUGCAGGAUUCUGGAGUGGAGCUGCUGUCGUCUGGACUAAAGAAUCCUGAUUUAUCUGGAUACCUGCCUAAUCCUGGAGAAAACAAUCGCUUCCUGGAACCUGCCUCUCUGUCCUCCGCCUCAGCCUCUGUCUCUGCCCUCAGUCCUCAGCCAGCUGACCAGCCUCUGGACCCACAAGGUUCCCCCCCUGCAGAUCAGAAUACCCUCUGA